CCUAAGCAUGUCCAUUACUGCCUGCCAGGUUUCCACAUAAAACAACUGAAGAGUAAUUAUGCAAUUUUUGAACUUUAAUUAAGUUAUAACCACAACAAAAUGGUGGACAGCAACGUGAAAGUGGCCAUAAGGGUCCGGCCGAUGAACCAGCGAGAAAUUGAUCUGAAGGCAGAAUGUGUAGUGUACAUGGAAGGAAAACAGACAGUCCUGAAGUCCACAUCCCCGACAUAUGAUGGAACCAGUACAGCACAAAAAGAGUUCUUCUUUGACCAUUGUUUCUGGUCUGUUCAUAAUGAAGGUCCAGCCAAGUAUACAAGCCAAGAAGAUAUUUUCGAGACCCUCGGGAAAAAUCUGCUUGACAGUAUCUUUGCCGGAUUUAACUCUUGCAUUUUUGCUUAUGGUCAAACAGGAUCAGGGAAAACCUUUUCUAUGAUGGGGACAGAUGACCAGCCUGGUCUGGUGCCAAGAAUCUCUUCUGCCUUAUUCAGCCGAGACAUAAGUCAUUUAAAAAGUUUUCAUGUUGAAGCCUCUUACUUAGAACUAUACAACGAGAAAGUCCGAGAUCUUUUGUAUCCAACAAGUAACUUUAAGGCUCUUAAGGUCCGAGAACACAAAUCCUUUGGCCCAUACGUGGAAGGUUUGUCUCAUCAUGUGGUCAAUAAUACUGAAGACAUAAAAUCACUGAUAAAUGAAGGAAACAAAUGCCGGAAAACUGCAAGUACAAAAAUGAACGAGCACAGCAGCCGGUCACAUGCCAUAUUCACUCUCACGGUGACACAGACACUCCAGAAUGAACAUGGCGCCAUGAAAGAACUUCUCAGCAAAGUCAGUCUGGUGGAUUUGUCUGGAAGUGAAAGAACUUCAUUAUCUGGAGCUACUGGAGAUCGAAUGAAAGAGAGUAAUAACAUUAAUAAGUCCCUUACAGCUCUUGGUCUGGUUAUAAAUUCAUUGGCUGAACUAUCUGAGGGUAGAAGGAAGAGCACUUAUGUGAAUUACAGAGACUCAAUGCUCACUUGGCUGCUAAAAAACAAUCUUGGAGGAAACAGCAAGACUGUGAUGUUGGCGACAAUAAGCCCAGCAUCAGUUCACUAUCAGGAGACUCUCUCCACCUUGAAAUAUGCUGACAGUGCCAAACGUAUAGUGAACAAAGUAACGGUGAAUGAAGAUAUCAAGUCAAAGGCCAUAGCUGAACUGAAAGAUGAAGUACGAAGUCUGAGAGAACAACUUCAACAAACUGAAGAAAAAUAUAAGAAAGAACUGGAGGCAAAACUAAAGGAAUCGGAAAAACUUCUACAAGAAUUAAAGGUCUCUUGGGAGGAAAAGCUGAAGAAGACCGAAACAUCUGCCCUGGAACGACAGAAACAUCUCCAAAGACUCGGAAUUACCGUAGAAAAUAUUGGAAUUAGAGUCGAUGAAGAGAAAUGUUAUCUCAUAAACUUAUCUUCUGGAAUAAGUAAUCAGAAAGAACUUCUUCUAUAUCAUUUAGGAGAAAAAACGAAAAUCGGGGCUGGUGAUUCUCAAGACAUCCAGGUCACCGGUCCCAGAAUUGCAUUGGAACAUUGUGUCAUUGACAUCAGACAAGAUGGAGAAGCUUUUCUCACCCCCAACAAAAAUGCUGAAACCUUUGUGAAUGGCUCACAAGUGCAGACGGAUGUUAUGUUGAGUCAUAAAGAUAAAAUAAAAAUUGGAGACAAGGCUUCUUUCAUGAUACAUAAGUCAAACACUAAGCCUAACAUUACUCAUGAAUGUGUCAAUGCAGUUCACUAUGCUCCUUUAAAUCAACAUGAAGAAGGAAACGGACAAGGAAAUAAAUCCAUGGAUGAAGAAUGUGACACAAGUAUCAGUUCAGACAACAUCCAAUGGUCUUACUUAGAAAACACAGACAGAUCUCUUUCCGAGUGUCCAUAUUCUAAAGUCUCCCUCAGCAUGGAUUCUUCUGGUCAUGGAUUCUUAGAUAUCUCUCAGUCUAUUGUAUCUCCAGAAAUCAGUGACACUAAACAAUUAGAAGAUCAGGAUUCCUCUGACAGAAACAUAACACCUAUAAAGACUAUAAUAUCUCCAAAGAACCAUAUAGAGGAGGAGAGAAACUAUGAACUAAAGUUAUUUCAUAAAGACCAAAAAACUGACAACACUAUCAAUAUCCAACACCAGGUAUCUGAGGAUGACAAAAUGUGUUUCCCCAUCAAUCCAACAUCACAGACCGUACAGGAACAAAAUAUAACUGAUCUCUUCAUGAAUCCCACACCUCCAUCAGAUGACCUUUCUAUUGAAGACAAUCAUAUCUCCAGGUCUGAGAACAACCCUGAGAACUAUGAUACAAGUGAAGGACAUUCAAGAGUUUCGACGGGAGCAGCUUCUUCAGAGGAGGCAGCUAGUUACAUUCGGAGAUCAAGGAAAGAGAUCAUGGCCGUUCUACAGAAGAACUUUAAUGACUGGAUGGAUGAAUUGGAUUCACAGGACAUUAUCACUCAGGAAGAAUAUUUUACUGUGGAGAAGAUGAGUGACGCUAUAGACAAAGUGCGCGCCUUAGUGAAUGUAAUCCUCCAGAAAGAUGAGUCGGUGUGUAGAGCGUUUCUCCAGUUGUUAAAACUGAACCAAGACCCAGGUGACCCCUCUGCUUCAGAGAAUGAGGAGAUCCACGAACCUGAUGAAAACAUAAAGAAUGAAUUCAAGAUACAAGAUAAAAGAACUUCCUUCCAGGAUCUUCUCGAGAAGAUUGAAUUUCUGAGAUGCCAGAUGUCCAAGCUGACAUUACGUGAGGUUCUUGACAUUGGAGCAGAAUGUUUGACACCAGGCAGUUCUUCUAUGGAAAAUGUUGCUUGGUAUUUUAUAAGAAAACUGAUGUCCCUACAUGUGGAGGCGAGAAACAUCAGUACAAUAAGGAACAGAAGUGAAAUGAGCAAAGAAGAUGGGUUUAUGCUAAAUGAGGACAGAGACUUGUCAGGCGAUAUCCACCCAUUAGACUUACAGUGCGCCAUCUUCCAUUGCUCAGAUCAUUUCCUGCAGCAAGAGAUGAUAUCUAAGAUGUCCAUGUGUCAGUUUUCUGUCCCUCUGCUGCUGCCGGCUAGUGAUGGUCCGGACUGCACCCUUAUGCUGUGGGCAAUGAGGGGUAUUGUUAAGAAAUGGAGACCUCAAUCUCUGGCAGAGAGCAAAGGAUUCCUGCAGGAACACUUGGUCAAAAUUCCCAUGCCAACUUUCUCUUUUGUGAGAUUAGGAAACUGCAGACUCUCUAAGUCUAAAAUUCUAAACCAAAUCCUAAGUUCAACACAACAUUGCCAAGACGUCUUUAUCCAUAGAGACAUGGAAGGUGGGAACAUGGAGAGAACGAUAUCAUCAGGGCUGGUGGAGAUAUCUUGGUAUUUCCCGGCUGGUAAAGGCAUCUUUGCUGAACCUGUUGCUUUCACAAACCUUCGUGGGGAGUUGGAGAAUAACACGAAGCCUUUCCGCUUUCUAACAGCAAUAUCAUCAGUUGUUGUCGUCUUUGCUGAAACUCUCAGAAAGACUGAAUGUGAUUUAUUACUAAAAUAUAAGAACUCUAAGACCAAAUAUCUCUUCAUUAUUGCACCUGAGAAGCAAAAGAGCAAAAAAGAACUAGAAGAGAUGCGAGAAUCAGUGAUGUCCAUGAUGGAAAUAAAGAAAGACAAUAUCUUAGUGAUCACGAAAACUACAAAUGAAGCAACAACUGUAAAGAUGAUUCGCUCGGCACUGAUGAAUUUGGGAAAUGAAAAUGCUUAUUGUGUCAGUGUAGAAGACAUGAGCCAAAUAGCGACACAGCAAGAGAUCAGUGUGGAUGAACAUGUAGCGGAAUGUCAGGCUGCGGAAAGAAAAGCGAGAGCUAUAACUGAAGAGAUCCAGGAUGUCGUAGUGUACAAAGGAAAAACAAUGAAACUACAAGCACAACUUCUGAAAGAUUUAUCCAGAUUAGAGAAAGAACUUUGUCAGAUGAAAAAACAAGAAAAUAAAAAUGGGGAAAAAUACAAAUCUGAGCUAAGAAAACAAUGUGAUGAGAUAAGAAGGAAACAGGGGGAAUGUGAAAUGCCAGCGGGAGUCUUCCAUUUCAUAAAAGCGAUUGAAACAGAAAAUCGAUCAGAAAAAUUUUACUUUUUAAGUUGGUUAAAAUAUUAUUUGGAUUUAGCAGCAAGAAAAAAUCUCAUAUAUUUACAGGAGAAAUAUAAAGAGAAAUAUUCUCAGGCCAAUGACUCCCAAGAGCUAACAGAAAUCGAUCAGAAGAUAUCAGACAGUUCAUUGGGAAUUGAGCAUUUCCUCAGAGAAGUGUCUCAGUUUUAUGAGGUUUGGCAUAUUAUGGAAAAAAAAAAGAAUAACGGCAUGGAAUGCAGCCAUAUCCCUGAAAAAGCAGCUGAUCUUCUCCUUGAUGGCUACCCGCUGGAGCUGAUUGAUGGAGAUGCAUCCAGGAUCUCUGUGCAAUGGAUAUCAGACGUCCUCAAUAAAGUGAACUCCAAGACAGGGGGCAGCAGCAGAAUACGGGUGAUAACUGUGCUGGGAGUGCAGAGUACCGGGAAGUCCACCCUCCUGAACACCAUGUUUGGUCUCCAGUUCCCGGUGGCCAGUGGACGAUGCACACGAGGAGCCUUCAUGACUCUUAUUAAAGUGAAGGAGAAUCUCCAUAAGGAUCUCAGCUAUGAAUAUCUUCUGGUCAUUGACACUGAGGGGCUGAAAGCUCCGGAGUUGGAUUCUCUGGAAGGAAGUUAUGAACACGACAAUGAGUUGGCGACUCUAGUCGUUGGGUUGAGUGACAUCACUAUAAUUAAUAUGUCUAUGGAAAAUACAACAGAAAUGAAGGAUAUUUUACAGAUUGUGAUCCAUGCAUUUCUCAGAAUGAAAGAAAUUGGGAAGAAGCCGAAUUGCCAGUUUGUUCAUCAGAAUGUGAGUGAUGUGUCCGCUCCUGUAAUGAACAUGAGAGACAGAAACAAGCUGCUUGAACAACUGAAUGAAAUGACCAAAACUGUGGCAAAAAUGGAGAAGAAGCCUCAAUAUAAGGUAUUCUCUGAUGUUAUGGAAUAUGAUGCAGAACAGCACCACUGGUACAUCCCUAGUCUGUGGCAGGGUGUCCCACCAAUGGCCCCUGUCAGUGCUGGAUACAGUGAGUAUGUUGCUGAAUUGAAGCAAAAUAUACUAACACUGAUGGAAAAAAACCAAAAUCAGGCGCAAACCAUCCCUAAAUUUGUUAGGUGGAUGGGAGACUUAUGGAACGCAGUCAAACAUGAGAACUUUAUAUUCAGCUUUAGAAAUAGUUUAGUAGCCAACGCCUACAACAAGUUGUCUAUGAAAUUUUCUGAAUUAGAAUGGAAAUUCAACAAACAGAUUCAUGAAUGGUUCACUAAUACUGAGACCAUUAUCAAGAACCAAUCUGAAGAUACUCUAAUAGACAAAGGUAAAGAAUGUUGUAUUAAGUUAGAAAACAUAAUUUCAGCUGAGCAGAAUAAGAUACUAACAUGGGUGGAAGAAUAUUUCCAACAAGAAAAAGAUUGUGUUCAUUUAAUAAGAUACAAAGCAGACUUUAUAAUCAGUACAAAGAGGCUUGGAGAAAACCUCAGAAGUUCUUCAUAUGACAAAUACAACAACGCAAUUCAAAUUCAAAAACAGCAACACAAAAUAAAAAGAGUCCGUAUGCAGUACAUUGAGAAGAUUGAACGAAAAGUGUCCAGUCUUAUGGAAGAAUGUAGAAAGAAAAGACACCAAAUGGAUACUGCAAAGAUGGUAGAGGAAUUUGAGAUUAUGUGGAAAAAUACAGUCAAAGAGUUAGAAGUGACACCUCUACAAACACGGGAUGUUGAGAAAGACAUGAUUCUAGAGCUCACCAAGACCAUGAGAGACAAAGGAUCCGCAGUCAACGAAAAACUAAAUCAAAUAAAACAUUUACCGAAACCUGAGAAAAAGCAACAGGGUGGAAUAAUAGCAGGAAUUGUCACUUUUUUAAAAAUUCCCUAUAAAUGGUGGAAUAGUAGUCAUAAGGAUGAGGAUAUUUUUCAAUCUGUUCUUAACAAAUGCUGUAAAUAUUCUGCAGAACAAGCCAGGAGAGAUGUUGAUUAUAAUGACACCUACUGUAGACACCUUCUGAACAUGAUCGAUGGGAUUCUUACAGAGGAAGAGAAUAUUCCAGCUGAACAAGAGCUAGAAAUGAAAUUGGUCAUUCUAGGACACACAGUUACUGAUUUCCAGAAGAUGCACAAUAACUUUAUAAAAAUGAAUGACCCUCAUUCCCAGCUGGAAACACUGAAAUCAGAAUACUUUAACACAUUCAUGACUGUAUUCCAGGAGAAGAAUAAUAGCCAGGAUCUGGCCAAACGCAUCUGUGACACUUGUCUAAAACCAGCAAUGAUCGAUUAUGUCCAUCGAAAUCUAGGAAUUCAACUCGUAGACGAUAUCAUGAGUUCUGAAGGAUCUAAAACAUACACUUCUCGUACAUUUUUCCAAUACACUGUUCUCCUAAAUCUUCUGGAAGAAAAUGAUUUCAGAAAAUAUGUAGAAUUUUCAAGAAACUAUGAAGAGUUUGUGAAAAACUGGAUAUUAUACUACAUUAUCAUGAAAUACAAAAACUUUUACACAUUACAAAGUAAAAUCCUGUCAGGUAUCACAGAAAAGAUCAGAGAUCUACUCAACAAUCCUGAAAUGUGGAAUCAUACAAAGAAUGUGGAAGAUUUUCUCAAUUGUUUUCGAAAGAAAUUGAACAGUGAUCUGGUUUUCCCUCAGGAAAAAAUGAAGGCGAUAAUCUUCAGAAACACAGCAAAUACAAAGGAAUUUAUUACAAAUCUGAACAACUUCCUGACUGACACAAAAGAAGAAAUUACAUCCGAAAUAAAGUCUCUGAGUGUGUAUGCUACACUUUUGAAAUCAACGGUGAAGCCUCAAGAUGAAUUGUUUAAGAAGGUGUUUGGAUGCGGGAAACAGUGUCCAUUCUGCAAGGUCCCAUGUGAAGCCGGAGGAGAAAACCACAAAGAACAUUUCGCCUCUGUUCAUCGACCUCAAGGAUUAGGAACGUACAGAUGGGAGACGUCAUCUAUUCUUUGUCAUGACAUUUGUACCACCUCUGUGUGUGGAGAUGGAAGAUUUAAAAAUCACGAUACAAAUGAAGAAUGGCAUCCCCAUAAGAGAUUUAAAGAAAUUUAUCCCGACUGGAGAAUUCAGCCCGAUCCCAGCAUCGAAGCCUCCGAUUACUGGAAAUUUGUUUUUAAAACGUUCAAUACAAAUUUUGCAGUGGAGUAUAAGGCCAAACCUGCUGAAUACCCAAAGGAAUGGAACAGUUUGAGCAAGGAUGUAGCAAAACAUAGUCUAAAGAAAACCUUUAACAUGUAGUAAGCACAUCUGAUAAUCUCUUCUGUGUGUAUGUAUAUAUAUAUAUAUAUAUAUAUAUAUAUAUAUAUAUAUAAAGGCUCAGACCAUUUUUAUCAGGUCAGAAGUACGUUUAUCCUAGCUGAUGUUACACAAAUUAUAUUCAGUAUACUGUAUAAUCCUGUUGAUAUGAUCAAUAAAACAUUUAGAAAUUAUAUAAGUGACAGCUACACAGCUCUAUGUAUAGUACACGAGACAUUAAGGAAUAAGAAAAGUAGCUGUAUAUUAAGCAAAAUGUCAUGUGAUUAAUUCUGUAAGUGCCGUAUCUUAUAUCUUCCUUACCAGUUUGUAAGGCUCUAUUCAGACCUUGGGAUUAUGUACAUUCAGAGGUUACAUUGGAAAAUACUCAUUAAAGAUGAGCGAGCGUUUCAAAAAAUUUGGUUGCAGAACUUUUCCAAAACAUUCAAUUCAUGGCAAAAAAAAUUCUCUGCAGAGGCAGUGAAAAUAGCCUCAAAAUAAAUGUAUAAUGCUACCUAGAAGCUCUGAAGCCCUGUAUCACAGUGUAAGGCUAAAUUUCCAUUUGGGUUUUUUUCUGGCAGUUUUUGGAAUACUGCCACUGCAAUUUUUGAGCCAAAGUCAGAAGUGGAUCCAUAAGGGAAGAGAAGUGUAAGUUCUUCCUUUAUAUGUCCUAUUCCUUUUGAAUCCAGUACUGACUUUGGCUCAAAAACUGCAGUGGCAGAUAUCCAAAAACUGCCAGAAACAUAACCUAGUGGAAACUUAGCCUUAGACAUGUUUUCAAGUAGUUAUAGAGGUUUUAAAGCUAACUUAAAGGGAUACUCCGGUCCUAAGACAUCUUAUCCCCUCUCCAAAGGAGAGGGGAUAAGAUGUCUGAUUAUCUUGCAUGCAGCGCUGCAGCCUUGGAGUCUGCCGGGUCACGACUACAGGGCUGAAGUAUCGUGACAUCACCCCGCGAUUUAUAACUUUUCCCCUAUUCUUCGGAUAAGGGUAAAGAUAUAUUGCACUACAGAUGUCCUUUAAUAUCAAAGGUAAAGAGAUAUGUGGCCGAUGUUGUAAUGUACACAAAGGUAUCGGAAGACAAAAUGGUUUUUCCAGGUGUUUCAAAAAUUAUCCCUUUUUGGGAGUAGAAACAGAAUUGGUUUCCCAAAAUAGUUAAGUUGAAAUAGGUUUUGUAUAAAAAGCCGAAUGGAUUGUGUAUGUGUAGGCCUGACUAGUAGUAGCAGGAGGGAGGGCAGUGGACUGGUGGGAGAUGUAGUCAGUGGACUACAGGUUGUGCUGGAUUGGUUGUAGUUGUUGUAUCCAACAGACAGCAGGAAAUAGUAGACAAGUGAUAGCUUUAGUAGCGUGCAGACAGCAGGAGGUGGCUGAUGGUAGUUGUAGCCAGUGGAUAGCAGGGGUGAUGGUAGUAUUAUCCAAUCAAUGGCAUCUGGCACAGGUUAAAAAUCCUCAUCCUCACUGAUUCCUUUUAACAAGCAUGAGUUUUUCAACUUAGCUGGCAGACAAUCACUUGUUCACUUAGAAGUAAAAACACAUCCUACCGUGCUGAAGCUACACUGGGUGGUGGAGAGGGUGGAUAUGACAGAAUACCCAAUGAAAACUGGCCAUGUUCUGGCAAAGGGUCUUAUCUGGUGACCCAGAAGUCCAUGGGGUCUGGGCUCAUAGUUGCUCAUGUGGUGGUGAUUCAUGUCAGGGGGGGGGGGGGGGGGGGACUGGAAGAAAAAAGCUUUGUCACCCUGUGCUCCAAUGUGAAGAUGUUGCUGUUACUGCUGCCUCUUGCUGGGGUAGUGCUGGCGGAGAAGGUGGAAUGAGGACUUAGAGGAGAACACAGACUGGAAUCUGUUUGGCAGGUGUUGGAAAGCCGCAGCAAACUUGCUGUAUAGGUUCUUUCUAUGAGAAUCUGAUUUAUCCUUCUUCUUGGAAGGUAAACCCCCCCCCCCCCCAUUUUGGCUUUAUACUGAGGGUCUAAAAGUGUGUCUAUCCGGUGCUCUUUUCUUCGUGCACGCAAUAUGCGUUUCACAGCCCAAGCAAGAAAGCAUACAGCUCCGUCCCAUACUACAAAGGUUGGUCAUGGUCCUUGUCGUCAUCACUGUCCCCUUGUGUAGGUUUUUCAUCUCCUAUCCCUUCAAUAUGAAAUUCCUUCUCCAAAUUCUCAGGUCUCACUUCCUUAUCCAACUCCUUCUCAAGUCGAUCAUCCAUACUGCGGUCAGACAGAUAUCAGCCCUCCUCCAUCCCUCUUUGCUCAAUCAUAACCGUGAGUAUUUUCUCCAGAAGGAAUAUCAGUGGAUUCGCAUCACUAAUUCUCCUGUUGUCCUUGCUGACAAAUCUUGUUGCCUCUUCGAAAGAACUGAGCAAGCAACAGGUGUCUCUAAUUAGCUGCCAAUGCCUCAGCUGAAAGUUAUACUGGCCCCAAAAGCUGUCUGUUUGCAACAUUAUGUAGUCUGUCCCCGAUGCUGCUGGUACAGGCAGUCCAACAUGUGUGAUGUUGAGUUCUACCGUGUUUGAAUGUCACAAAUGAGGUGGUGUUGAUGAAGACUAUUUUAGAGCUAGAGGUUAAGGAGAGCAUGUUUAAAAGCAUAAGAAUGGCUAACAUUCCUGCACAUAUACAGCACAUCACUGAGACCCCCACAAUUCCUCAAGAAAUGUUUGAAGACAAGAUUUAGCAUAUGUGCCAUACAGUGAGAGUGUGUCAUACCACCUAGGUGCAGGGCAGCCACAAUGUUUGUGUCAUUAUCGGCAACCACAUUUCCCAAUCUCACAUUCGGAGCAGAGAGUCAGUGUGAAACUUCCUGCAGCAGACAGUGUAGCAGCUCCUCCGCUGUGUGACUUUUUUCACCCAGGCUUAGCAAAUGUAACAGUGUGGCAGAGCUUAAAGGGGUACUCCUGCGCUAAGACAUCUUAUCCCCUCAUCACGCUCUGCCCCCUCAAUGCAAGCCUAUAGAGGGGGCGUAAGAUGUCUUAGCGCCGGAGUACCCCUUUAACUUUGCACGAAUGAAAGAAGGGAAAAGGAGGAUGGUAACCUACACUAUGCCUCUUGGGAGAAUGCAAGAUGUCCGUGGAAGAGGAUAAGUGGCAGGUGUCAGAAGUUGGACCGGUUUGACACAAUCACAGAGGUCCAGUAGGCCGUAGCUACUACUUCAAGUAUCUACCAUGCAUGCACUGUGCCACACACAGACAGCUGCAUGGAGUGGCCCACCCUCUCUGUCACAUGAUGUGCAAUGCAGGGAUGUUUUUUUUUUUUUCUUGGUAAAAUAAUGGAGACUAGGUAUGCGCCACCUGGGCUAGGGACAGCGCAUUAGUUGUCUAAAGGCCAUUAAGUCAACAAGAUGGUGCAGGAGCGCCAGCACCACCAACAACAUGGCCAGGUGUGAAUUAAUAUGCACAAAUACUGUUGUCUGUAGGACAUAGAUUCCCCAAUAACUGACAGGAUAGAGGAGAACACAACACUGAGGACAGGACAGAAUAUGUGCUGCCUGUGUACGAUGCCUGGCUGCUAGACAGAUGAGAAGGAUUUGGAGGAGGAUCAGCAGCAGCACGGGCAAGGUUUUCUUCAUAUUUUUUGGGCUUCUUGACUGUCCCAUGCUGCCUUGUGAUUCUGCUCCAUGUUUUGAUCCCCCCAUAGUUCUUAUACUUUUACCAAGGCCGCGGCUUACUUUAUAUUUGCCCAGAUGGCUCAGUUCCAUGUUUUCUGCAUCUGGUUAAAUAGAAAAUAAUUUCCACACAGCAGAAUAGCAGACAGGGACUGCACCACCUGACUGUGCUCCUUCUCUGGAAGGUUUCGCCAUCACCUAAGCUCAUCAGACCAGCAGGCUUAUGCCUGUAUGUUUAACAUAUGUUCUGGUCCUACUUUGGCUCUGUUCUUUUUUGCUGACACUUCCACUACGCUCCUGCUCUGAACACGUCCCCUCCUCGCCCGGUUCUUACGUCCUGUUCAACACUACAACCAUUCUCAUCAAACUCCUUCUACCUGCUUCCACCUCACCUUUGUGCAUGAACUUCUGAUGACUGAUGUAGGGCUCCUUGCUCUCCCUCAGCAUAUCACCCAUGAUGCCUCACAGUAUCCCCACCAUGCCUACCACCACCAGUCCCACUAGUGCUAUGCUCGGCCACUGUUUCCACCUCCUCUGUCACAGACUCCAAAGACUGACUGUAACACAACUCCUCAUCAUGGCUAAUGCUAUCAUUCUGCUUAUUACCAGGGGGAGGGGGGGGGGAAGCAAAUACCAAAAUGAUAUAACAGAUCAUGUAGGAUGGACAUUUCUUCUGCACCAUUUAACUGUAGACCAUGAGGAAUCCACUGACACCUUGCUCACCAUCAUGUUGUCAGACUCUUCCACUUCGUGAGAUGACUGAUAACAAGUCAACCAGUCCACAAUGGCUGAAUUAUCCUCCAAAACUACACACCCCCAGGAAGACAUGGACAACUUUUGCCUGCUCAUGUUGCUACUACUAUCACCAGUCAUAUAUCUGCUGCUCAACCUGUACUGGGCCUGGGCAAAUAGGUGGUGCCCACAGAGUUGCUAUUGCCACUACCUGACUAGCAGAGGACAUGGCAGUGCUCUUUCCUAUACCCCGUCCUUGUUUAACCAUUCCUUCACCAGACAUUCUUUUUAACAAAACAAAAAAAAAAUAUUUAAGGUAAUUUUUAUGGUUUUGGGGUGAUUUGUCAUUAACCUACUAGUCAAGAGGAAGAAAACAUGCAAGUUGACUUUCACUCUUUUACUGAUAUAAAUGCAGAUUUUAGUUAAACCCAGAUGGAGAUUGAUUUGUAUUGUAGUGUGAAAGCCUUAGGGGAAUAGUAGCUUCAUAGUGAGUUCUUCUGUGCACUGCUUACUGCUCAGCUUUCUCUCCAAGAUGGCAGCUGCAAUGAAGUGUAUAGGGUAUUAUCACUUUUAGACCCAACCCUAUCUUCUCUCUUGGGAGCUCUAUGCGAGCAAUGAUGGCAAACCUGGGGUCAUGUGAUCUUACUAUUAGCUGCAAAGUAUGCUGGGCUUCCGUGAUGUCAUCUUAGUGUUACUAUGCCUUCAUAUAAUGCUGAAAUGGUGCCAAAAUGCCAUGUGUCCUCAUCCCUUCUCCUAUAAUAGCACCGUUGCCUAGCCUGGCCAAGUUAGCGGCUUAAUCACCCCUAAUACAUGUUGUUGUACUAUUGAAGUUCAUUGACACCUUAAAAUAUUUUCUAUAUAUUUCCUACAGCUGCAAACAAUAGUAAAUAGAAAACUGAAAAACAAGGUCUGAACAGAGCCUUACAUUGCUCCUUCUGCUAUAUCAGAUAUUAUAAUAAUGGGAAAUGUUGUUGCUUAUGAGACCAAAUAACCUAAGUUACUAUAAUCCUUCUCAAUGUCUUAUAAUUGAUUUCAAAUUGAUUUCAGAUUGUGUCUAAAUAAAACAAAUCUCUAUAAUAAAAAUGUU